UAAUAGGGAAGAAUACCAUUUUUCAGAAAUAUUUUUAUUCAAAUGUUUAUAUUUGGUUUGUAUUGUAAUUUUUUGUUUGUGAUUUUUAAAUGCAAAAAUGACUGAGAAAAAAAUUAUUAAAAAUUAUGAUUUUUGAAUCGACCAAAAACGCGGUAAAACCACGUACUAGCCGGUGACGUCAUAUGGCAUAUAACCCCGAAUAAAGCGUAUACGUUUACAUAGCGAACUAACGAAAUUAUUAAAAAUCUGCAAGUAUGAGUAAACAACAGACGUACCGUUGGUGCUUUGUACCAUUGUGUUUAAGUAUACAACUGAAAAAUCCAGAAAAACUUUUUAUUCAAGUACCGAGAAAUGAAAAAGUGCGGAAUUUGUGGUUCAAGGCAGCUCAUCGAACAGAUCAACCAACAAACUCAAACUACUACUGUUGUGAAGAUCAUUUUAACUUACAGGAAGACAUGGAAAAUUAUACCCGCUACAGACUGAUGGGGGGUUCAAUUAGGAUGAAGCAGGGUGUGGUACCACAUAUUUUUGAUUGCCAUCCCGGUCGCAAUACUGCCAAAAGUUCUGAACCUCGACCUGGCUUCGUAAAAUUAAACAGAAAACGAACAGUUGCAGAGAUGUUGGCAGAUGAGAAUUGUCCUCCGAAUUUUGAUACCGAUGCAGGACCAUCUUCCAAACAAGUGGAAUAUUUACCUGCACCUGAAGAAACAACAGCAGAAACAGUUACUGCAGAAACAGUCACUGCAGUAAUAAAAAAUAAGGAACCUGAGCAGACUCUCAUGAAAAAACAUUUUAGGAGCAAGGCAAUAACUGCUAAACCUUCUACGUCUACAGCAGGAUGUUUAGCAAAACCAAUUAUGGUCGAUAAACAAUGUUCGCCAAUAAAUCUGCCUACCACAUCUUCUAGUAGUGCAUCUGCCACUAUUACCUCCAAAUCUAGUCUUAGUCAUAGUGAGUAUAACCCAUCACCAGGAGAAUUAUCAGAUUUAGCAGAGGAACAAGAUUUGGAAAUGAAGCAAGCUGCUCUUCGCUUAAUUAAUUAUUUUAUAUCGACUGAUCCCAAAAAUUAUAUUGGUAUCAUGAAGCAAUGGCUAUGGAUCGUUGAAGAUAUACAGAGAGACACUGAAAUACCAAGUGACAAUAUUAAAUUGACACUCAUGAAAAUUAAAAAGAAUGAUACAUUCAAAAGAUUAGGUGACCAAUUUGGAUUGUCUACAAGUGGUGCAAGUAAAGUAUUUAAAAGAAGUGUCCACAAAAUUGCACAUGUCCUAAAGACAUUAAUUUAUUAUCCUGAUAAGGAGAAUUUGAAAAAAAACCUACCAAUACCAUUUAGGUUAAAUUUUAGUGAAGUUGCUGGUAUUAUUGAUUGUUUUGAAAUUCAAAUUGAAAAACCACAGAAUGCGUUACAUCAAGCUCUAACCUGGUCAGAAUACAAAAAAUGCAAUACCUUAAAGUAUUUGAUUUGUAUAUCAGCAGAUGGACUAAUAACAUUAAUUUCAACGGGAUAUGGAGGCAGAGUUAGUGAUGUGGAGUUGUUUGAUCAAAGCAAAAUAAUGGACGUGUUGCCAGAUAAAUGCCAAAUAAUGGCGGAUAGAGGAUUCAAACAAAUUCAAACAAUCCUACAAAGGAAACAAAUUGAACUUGUUCGACCUCCGUCUGUCUCAACUAAGCAAAAAUCUUCAAAAGAAGAAGUAUUAUUAACUAAACGCAUUGCGAGUUUAAGAAUUCACGUUGAAAGAGUGAUCAGAAGAAUUAGAGAAUAUAUGCACUGCUGGAACCACAUGCCACUAUUGAUCAUUAUACAAUACCGUAUAUAG